ACUAGCUCUGUUAAGAGCAUAACCAAAACCAAAUAUUCUUGGGGGAGAAUGGGGUCACUAAUGGCCUCUGCUUCUAUCACUCUUGCUUUUGCCAUAAUCCUUUUCAGCCUCCCAUCUGAAAUCUCAGCAAACAACUACAUCUACUCCUCUCCUCCACCUCCCAAGAAGCCUUACCACUACCCAUCUCCACCUCCACCAGUUCCUUCACCACCUCCACCUAAGGCUCCUUACCACUACCCAUCUCCGCCACCACCACCAAAGAAGCCCUACAAAUACCCAUCACCACCACCCCCAGUGAAGCAACCCUACCCUCACCCCCACCCCCACCCCCACCCUCACCCUCACCCUCACCCCUACCCUCACCCUCACCCAGUUUACCACUCUCCUCCACCACCCCCUCCUAAGAAGCCCUACAAGUACCCAUCUCCCCCACCACCUGUCCACAAACCCUACCCACACCCACACCCAGUCUACCACUCCCCACCACCACCACCAAAGAAGCCCUACAAAUACCCCUCACCCCCACCUCCAGUGAAGAAACCCUACCCACACCCACACCCAGUCUACCACUCUCCACCACCCCCACCUAAGAAGCCCUACAAGUACCCAUCUCCUCCACCUCCAGUGAAGAAACCCUACCCACACCCACACCCAGUCUACCACUCUCCACCACCCCCACCUAAGAAGCCCUACAAGUACCCAUCUCCUCCUCCUCCAGUGAAGAAACCCUACCCUCACCCACACCCAGUGUACCACUCCCCACCACCAACACCUAAGAAGCCCUACAAAUACCCAUCACCUCCGCCACCAGUUCACACCUACCCUCCCCAUGUUCCCACCCCAGUCUACCACUCUCCUCCACCACCACCAUACAAGAAGCCUUAUAAGUACAAGUCUCCUCCUCCCCCAGUCCACUCUCCACCUCCACCACACUACUACUACAAAUCACCCCCUCCACCCUACCACUACUAGAAUAUAGCCCUUUCAUAUCACACCCCCACAUGAUUAUAUACGUGUUUGCUAGGAUGUAUACAGAAAGUGUGAAAAUGAAAGCCAUGGAGGGGGAAGGUGCAGUUGCAGUUUGCAAAUCCACAAAGAAGUAUAAAUGUUUGAUUAUUGUUAUUGUUUAGAGGACUCUGUCUAGUUAAAAUAGUUAUUGUGCUUUUGUUUUAUCAGACAGUUGUAAGGCACUGUGUUCUACAUGUGUUUGCAGUUGUCUGCAUGCAUUGUUAUUUUCAAAGUCCGCUUUAUCAAGCUGACAAGUCAAAUAAAUUAUUCCCUCUCUCCUAGUAGUGGGGGAAUAGAUUUGUUCCUGUAUCUGAUCGAGGUUUUUAUAAUCGUCAUAAUAUAAUAACAAUUUACGUUCAUUUGUUA